AUGAGAGCAACGCCGAAUUAUAAAAGCAAAAGAGGCAAAAAGAAGCGAUCACGAUCGAAGUCAAGUUUUUUAUGCUUUGGAAAAUCGAGACCGCGGCUGGAAAUUUUUGUCGCGACGAUUUGUGUUUUUGUUUUGACGUUUUUUAUAAAACUUGUUCACAAUUUGGAGAAAGAAUGGGCAGAGAAAUGGUCAAGUUUGAAUGGAUAUCUCGACAAACCGGAAUCGCAGAGGCUUGUAAAUGAGAAUGAUGACUAUCAAGACAUCAAUUCUUUCAGAUCUCAACAAAAUGAAAACAAGAAUGAUCUUGGCCCAUUUGGCCUUGAAAAAACAUCAGAUGUGCUAAUGAACAAGCUGAUAAGCCAGCAAGUUUCCCCAAAAUUUCAAAAAGAGUCGGACGAAACCGUCGAUUUCUCGAAAAUUCAUGAAAACUUCAUCGAUCAGAACAUACAACUUCCCACUCCCAAGUUAGAACUACUAUCUGCCAAUUCAGAAACAAGGAAAAUCGAAGCAGAAGAGGGUCGACAACCGGGCGAGAAAACAAUAAGCCUUCUGAUCCCGAUUAAUGAGCGGGGAAAUUCAUCAACAAUCAUCCGAAUGAUCCAGCGCCAAUGGUACAAUUCGAUUUUAAGCUCAUGGAAGAAUGAGAAGCCGAAGAUAAACAUUCGCUUUGUUCUGGCUUCACCUAGUGCUCAAAGUAAGGCCUCAACUCUCGAUCGAAAUUUCGGUGAUCUUCGAGCGUCCAAGAAACGAAUUCUUUCCAGUCUUCCUUUGGAUAUGCUGAAAAAUGCAGAAAUAGAAACGCAAGUUUCUCCAGUAGAUAUUCUCAUUCUACUUCACAGCUCGUUCAUUCUUCUCAAUCAAGAUGGCCUUAAGUUUCUGAUGGAGAGCAUCAAUAAGGAUAACACUGUGAUUUGCCUGGGCACAGGAGCAAUCCAAUGCAAAGACGACUCAGUUGCUAUUCAUCGAAGUGUGGCGACGCUUACUUACGAACAAGCACUAAUGCUUCUCAAGGAAAAGAAGCAAACAACGAAAAUUGCUCCUUUCAAGCCGAUCACUUCGUAUUCUCUUGAAGGGCUUCGAUCUGCAUUUUUGGAAUCGCUUUCUCAAGACGCUCCAGGACUAACAUUUCCAACACGAUACCUUGUUUCUUCAACUCCAGAUUUUUCCACGAUCCCUGAAAUUCUUUCCGCCCCGGAUUCCGGCGUCUGUAAAUUUUCAACAAAACAUCUUAUUUUCGUCGUUUCCAGCACAAAUUCAGCGGAAAAUCGUGAAAAACUCCGCUCAAGUUUUCAAUCCGACGGGCAGCUGUUUGUCGGUAGCUUCGAACUCGUCUUUUUAGCUGGAAAAGAACAAAAAGUCUCCGCUCAAGGUACACAGCUUAUGACGGCAAAUGUCAGCCGAGAUUACCCUGGAUUCGAGUCUGAAGCUAUCUUUUCCGCGCUCAACUAUGUCAAAGAAAACUGCCAUUCAGACACGCUUGAAACCGUCACGAUUCUCAGGGACACAAUGAGACUGAAUAUCCGCCGCCUUUUUCGGGAAAUCCUCGGCCCUGGGCUUCAACAAAAUGACCUGGUCUGUCUGGAGUCGUUAGAAGAACCAGCGCUGCCAGAAUAUUUUGAUCGAAGCUCCUUUAUUUGGGGCUCCAACUGGCCGAAUCCGUCCCUUGCGCUUCCAGCCUCGUGCAGUACUCUUUCUUUCUCAAUUUCUUCAAAAACUGCGGAAUCGUUCGUUUUGAAACGCGCGCAAUUAUCGCCAACUCAAGUUCAUCAUUCUGCAAAAUUCUUGACCGGGAUUAUGCGACAUCUCAUUUCUGUUCAAAAUAUUACUGAGCUGUCAAUUUCUCGAGUCGACCCGGUUUUCAGAGCUCAGAGCAACUUUGGAGAGCCGAAAAUCGACGAACAAACACUUUUUAUAUCUUGA